AUUGGAUUAAAUUGAAAUUAUUGACAAAUAAAAAAUAAUGGAUUAAAUAUUAAUUCAAGGUAAAAAAUACAAGGUACUUUUUUGAAUGGAAAAAUUUAGUUAGAUUUUAAAUAAAUUAUGGUGGGGAAAAAGUUAAUUAAACCGGUGCAAUUCAACAAUUUAUUCAGUCUUGACUCAAACGUUGACCAGUUAUCUUGUUAACAAAUAAAAUUUUAACUUCAUUUUUUUCAUCAAAUUAUAGAAAAAAAAUAUUUUAAACCUUAGCUCAUAGCCACUGAGAUUUAUUUAUUUAUUUCUUCUUGAAGAAUUUUAAUUUAAACUUAAAAAUUUAUUAUGCCAAGUGAUAAAAAAAGAGUUGCAAUAAUCGGCGGGGGUGUUGCUGGAUUAAUUGUCGCAAGACAUGUAUCAGCCAGAACAGAAGACUAUAGUCUUAUGUUAUUUGAACAAACUGACCAAGUAGGAGGUACUUGGGUUUACACUGACAGAACUGAAGUCGACAAAAAUGGUCUUCCUGUACACAGUAGUAUGUACAAAAAUUUGAGAACAAAUUUACCUAAAGAAAUUAUGCAAAUACCGGAUUUUCCUUUUAAAAAUGAAGAUGGCCCGUCUUUUGUGCAUCACUCCGUAAUUCGUCAAUAUUUACAAGACUACGCUCAGCAUUUCAAUCUCUUCGCUCAUAUCAAACUAAAUACUCUGGUGAAACACGUAGAACCAGUAAUUUUAAGUGAUCAAACAACUUGGUUGGUCACCUAUAAAAAUAUGGCGACUCUGGAAGAAACUACCGUAAGAUUUGAUGCGGUAAUUCUUUGUAAUGGCCACUAUACUGUAGGAAAUAUUCCUAAUAUAAGAGGAAGAAGUACUUUCAAUGGUACUUGCAUUCAUAGUCAUCAAUAUCGACUGCCGGAGAAGUACAAAGGAAAAAAUGUUUGUAUUCUCGGAGCUUCGUGGUCUGGAAUUGAUAUUGCUAUUGAAGUGUCUAAAUAUGCUAAGAAGGUUUAUUUAAGUCAUAACUUACCAGAAGGAUUAAAAGCCAAGAUAGCGAACAACGUCGAACAAAGAGCGGGUAUUGAAUUUAUUGAUGGUAAAACUUUUCACUUCAGAGACGGAACUUCUGCUGAAAUUGAUGACUUAAUUUAUUGCACUGGUUACAAGUUCACUUACCCAUUCAUGUCCGACAAGGUGAAAAUAAAAACAGACGAUAAUCAUGUCGAGCCGAUUUACAAACACCUUGUCCAUGCAGAUACGAAAAAUUUAUUCUUUAUGGGCUUGCCAGGAAUAGUAAUACCCUUCCCGAUGUUCCAUAUUCAGUCUCAGUAUAUUUUAAGAAUUCUUGAUGGACAUAUUAAGCUACCUUCUUCUGAAAAAAUGAAAUCUGAUUAUGAAAAAGAGAAGAACAUGCUCCUUCAACAAGGAAUUCCAAUAAGACAUAUUAUUAAAAUGAAGGAACGCCAGUGGGCUUACUAUGAUGAAAUCGCAACGGCGGCAAAUGUUGCAUCAUUUCCACCAGUUAUUAAAAAAAUUUACAAUCACUCCAAUGCUAUGCGGGAAUUGGAUUUCAUGACCUACAAGAAUUAUCAGUAUCGAAUUAUUGACAAAGAAGAUUUUACCGUUUGUUACGGUAAACAGGAAUAAGUAUAUCAGAAUUAAAAGAUUGCAUUUAUUAAUAAAAUUACAAAAGAAGAUAAAUUUAUUUAUAAAAAAAAUUUUUAUU